GGAGUCAGGCCUUGUACUCCCGAACAGUAGAUGGUGGACAUGCACCUCUUUGUGUUGGUUGCCAUACGCCGUUAAAUCGGAAAAAAGAAGAAGAUCUAUUUUUUGUUUACAAAAUAACCAAUCACAUGCAGUGGCGUAUGACGUUUCCUACGGAUUCCAACCGUAGGCCAUUUCGGUUUGGUUCAGGGGAGGAGUGUAACGGUAUAGCUACCAUAGUCUCCGGUAUCGGUUUUACGGAUUUACUGUAGCUAUAGCCACAAACAUUACGUUUUUCUGUCGCAUUUACGGAGUGUCAGUUUUUGUUUUGAAACUUGAGGCCUGUUGAAAUGGCAGAUCCAGCCAUGCACAGAGACUGUCCUCUUGACUGCAAGGUCUAUGUGGGGAACCUGGGCAACAAUGGCAACAAGACGGAGCUGGAGAGGGCGUUUGGCUACUACGGCCCCCUCCGCAGUGUCUGGGUGGCAAGAAACCCCCCAGGCUUUGCUUUUGUUGAAUUUGAAGAUCCCAGAGAUGCUACCGAUGCAGUGCGGGAGCUUGAUGGAAGGACAUUGUGCGGUUGUCGUGUACGAGUUGAGCUAUCCAAUGGAGAGAAACGCACCCGCAAUCGUGGUCCUCCCCCCUCGUGGAGCAGACGCCCUCGAGACGACAACAGGCGUCGUAGUCCCCCGCCCAGACGCAGAUCCCCACGUAGGAGGAGCUUCAGUCGCAGUCGUAGCAGGUCUCUUUCCAGAGACAGGAGGAGGGAGAGAUCCUUGUCCCGAGACAGGAACCACAAACCAUCCAGGUCCUUCUCUAGAUCCAGGAGCCGCUCCAGGUCUAAUGAGAGAAAGUAAGAGGAUGCAUGGAGGUCAUGUUUAAAGUCGCAGAUGAAUGAACGCUCAUACUUAUUGAUUCAUUUCAUUUGAUGGAGAGAAAAAAUCAGUGAGUUUUUUUGUUUGUUUUAAUCCAUCAAUAAUUUUUUGGCGCUUUUGUUUUUAGCUUCUCUGUGACGUGCAAAUUUCCUCUUUCUAUAUUUUGUAAUUAAGUGUGAGUAUAUGUGUUGAUGCUUGACCUCUGCCCUGUAGUCUUCUUGGUGCUGAAAUACUGUUUUCCACGAUUACUUUCUGCCUUCAAUGUUGCCUGUUAUCUGCUAUUGUUUUUCCAAAGUUAUUUUCUCGAUUUGUCAAUGAACCAUUACAGGUGAGUCUAGCUCUGAUAAAAAAUGGCACUGUGAUGAAGGAAUACAUUAGACACACAGACAUGCAGUAGUUCUAAUCUUAACUAUCUGAGUUUGUCUAAGAUUUCACUUUCUUUCAUUGAUAUUUGUACUGUUUGUAAUGUUCUCUGAAUUAAAAGAAAAUUCAGAAAAGUUGUCUGUGAAGUCAUCAAAUCUGAUAGAAAGAAAUCUAGGUACCAAAAGGGGGUGCAAUGGCUAUACAUUCAUUUUUUCUAGACCUGUGCAUGAGUGGUCUGGUCU